AUGGUUCCUGAAUCGGUGAUCAUUAUCGGCGGCUCGGUCGCGGGUCUGCUGCAAGGACUCCAGCUCAAACGGCACGGCAGCAAUGUGACGGUGCUGGAACAGGACCCGUCCAAGGACCGACACAGCCACGAAUCGGGGGUCUCGAUCGGCCCCAGCGUGAUGGCGCUGCUAGACCGGUACGACGCCACCGGCCGGCCCGCUGCGAUCCCGACCGAAUUCAUGAGCGCCGCCUGGCGCCGCCGCCUCCGUGUGGCCAACAUCCGCUCGGCCCACAACAUGAGCAACUGGGGCUGCCUGUACCUGAUCCUGCGCGCCAACUUUGACGGGUUAGCCUCCGCCGCCGUCCCGAAGCCGCCCGCGCCCCGCCCCGGUGACGGCGCCGUCCAGUACCGCCCGGGCCAGAAGGUGACGGGCGUGCGAUACGACCGUGCCCAGGGCCUCGUACACGUUUCCUUUGUAGACGUCACCACUGGGGCAGUCGGGGAGGUCAGUGCCCGCCAGGUCAUCGCUGCCGACGGCGUGCACUCCACCGUGCGGCAGUUGCUGCAGGUCCCCACCCGCAAGGAGUACGCGGGUUACAUCGCGUGGCGGGGGACCGUGCCGGAGAAGUUGCUGUCGCCGCAGACCGUGGAGUAUUUCUUCAAUCGCUUGAAUUUCACCCUGCUCAGGGGGACAUAUUUCAUCAGCUAUCUGAUCCCCACCGAAAGCGGCCAUGUCGAGCCUGGCAAUCGCCUCCUGAACUGGGUUUGGUACUUCUUCGUCCCCGAGGGCUCCCCGGAAAUGCAACUGAUCUUCACCGACAUCCACGGAAAAGUGCACACCAACACGGUGCCGCGUGGACUGGUCAAUCCGGCGGUCUGGCAGGCCCAGCUGGCGCGGUACCUGCCGCAGAUGACCGCGCCGCUGGCGGAGGCGGUCUCACUGACGUCGCGGGUGUUCGUGACCAAGGUGGGCGAGGCGCAGUGCACGACCCCGAGCAUUUUUGAUGGGCGCCUCGUGCUGGUCGGCGACGCCUUCACGGGCUUCCGGUCGCAUCUCGGCAAGGCGUCCGAGCAGGCGGCCCAGCACUCCCUGCAAAUGGACCGGGUCUGGCGCGGGGAGAUCACCCAGGCCGAGCGCGACCGCGAGGCCAAUUACUACGCCCAGCGAAUGAUCUUGCUGAAUCGGCUCAUGGGGUUCUUGGGGUUGGGACUGUGGUGGGCGGUCCUCCGCACGGGAUUCGAGUUUCUCGCCUUGGUCCUGUCGGCUCGGCUGGGUUGGGCUUGA